AUGUCAGUUCGUGUCCGUUUUCAAGAGCGCCCAGGAAUCACAUAUGUUCCAUCCAGUAGAUCUGGAAAUGCUCCUCUUCUUGCUGAUAUUAUUUACAAACCAAUGCCUCAACUCUAUCCCGAAAAUAAAUAUGAUAUGGAUGCCUGUACUGCUGCAAGUAUUGGAGAUCUAGAGGUUCUUAAGAAGCUUUUGAGAAUCAAUCCAAACACGAUGGUUUCGAAAAAUCAGACCGGUUGGACACCUCUUUUGUAUGCUGCUUAUUUGGGUCAUAACAGUGUUGCAGCUUUCUUGUUGGAUAAUGGAGCACAGGUAGAUGAUUCAACAAAUGGCAGAUGGCAAACCCCUUUGAUGAUGGCUUCUGCAUGCGGAAAUCUAAACGUUGUCCGUCUUUUGUUGGAGAGAGGAGCCAAUCCUAAAAUGUGUGAUAAAGAAAAGAGACAGGCGAUUCAUUAUGCAGCUAGUUGUUGUCAGAAUGUGGUAGUUGAUACUCUGUUGGCUGCUGGAUGUGAUCCGAAUGCAGCUGAUUCUCAUGGAACAACUCCAGUUCACGAAGCAGCGAUAGCUGGACAUGAAGUCACAUUUUUAUCACUUCUCGAGAAAGGAGGAAACGUUGAACAAAAGAAUUCAAAAGGAGAAAAUGCUGCCGUGUUGGGGUGUGAACAUAACAGAAUAUUGCAAAUAAUCAGUGAUCAUCAAGCAGAAACAGCUAAACAAGCACCUCAAGCUAUAUCUGGAAAUCGUGGGCCACGUUCGUUAUCCGAGUUAUUGGAGGAGAUGGAAUUAGGAAAGUAUUCAGAGCCAUUCAAGAACGAAAAUGUCGAUUUGGAAGUAUUUUUUGAAUUGAAAGAACAGGACUUCAAGGAUAUGAAUAUACCUUACGGACCGAAGAAAAGAAUGUUGGAUGUGAUUAAAAGAUAUAAAACAACUGGAGUCAUUCGUUCGGAUACAUUCGAUUCUAAUCAGUCAUCCUCAACUUCUCCACGUGGAUACUCAAGUCAUCCAGAAGAUGAUAAUGGAAAAAUGACAGACACUCUGCGAUCAAUCAGAGAUUUGAAUCAAGAAACGAAGACAUUUGUGAUGAAUGCUUUGGAAAAUUUGGGAUCUGGAGAUAUUAACAAAGUUCGUGGGCAACUCAUCAACAUCAUGAACAAUGUAGAAACAAUCAGUUUGAAAGUUUCAUCACAUGUCUGA